CAGCUUCAACAACAAGACACAACAACAGAGAGAAGAGGAAGAGAGAGAGAGAGAGGUGGUUGAAGAAACGAACCCUAAGAGAGAGAGGGAGAGAAAAAUCUUUGCUUUGAUUUCAAGCUCUUUUACCAUUGCAUUUCGGGAUCUCGAAUCUUCAAUCUGCAAAGGUAUUGUUGAUUCUGCUUCUAUGGCAAAUUCAAAGGGCUCAUCAGGUUUCAGAAAUUUUAUGUAUCCUGGAAAGCAUGCUCUACUGCCUCCUAAAAGUCCGUUUCCUAGUGUUUCCCAAGCGUACUCUGAUUAUGUCCAAAAUCCUGCUGUUGGUUUAAAGGGUGGUAACAGGCCUAGAGACGGAAAUCCACACCACCAACGUACAUCAUCUGAGAGCCUUGUUAUAGAGGAGCAGCCUUCUUGGCUUGAUGAUCUCCUUAAUGAGCCAGAAACACCUGUCCGAAGAGCUGGACAUCGGCGUUCAUCGAGUGAUUCUUUUGCGUACCUAGACAUGGCUAAUGCAUCUAACAUCAAUUAUGCUGAUCAGGACGAGUAUAAAUAUAAGAGUUUGAUGUCUAUUCCGUCUUGGUCAUCUCAAGACUUUGACCGCAGCAAAGAUGCUCGCCAUCUACCUGCUUAUGUGGAUAUGAACUUAUCUAAACAGAAAAAUAGGUCAUGGGACUCUUUUUCAAAUGCCAUGACAAAUCCAGUUGGUGUUCCCUCUGGCAAAGACAGUUCAGCUUUUCAGAGUUCAGGAUUGCCAAGCACACCACAGGAAGCAGACGGGCUUGCACCUACUGCAACUGAAAAGCAAGAUUCAGUAGAACCUGGAUUGCAGGAUGCAAAAUCAUUUUCUGAAAAAAAGGACAAUUCACAUGCAAAGUCAUCUUCCUCUGAAACUGAUACAAAACGUGCUAAACAGCAAUUUGCUCAGCGUUCACGGGUUAGGAAACUUCAAUACAUAGCUGAGCUGGAAAGAAAUGUACAAGCUUUACAGGCAGAAGGAUCUGAAGUCUCAGCUGAGCUUGAGUUUCUUAAUCAACAGAAUCUUAUCCUGAGUAUGGAGAAUAAAGCACUCAAGCAACGUUUAGAAAAUAUAGCACAAGAGCAGCUUAUCAAAUAUUUGGAGCAGGAAGUACUGGAAAGAGAGAUUGGAAGAUUACGUGCAUUGUAUCAGCAGCAGCAGCAGCCACAGACGCAGCAGCAGCAGCAGCCAUCUAGUAGUCACAGACGCUCGAACAGCAGAGACCUCGAAUCUCAGUUUGCAAACCUUUCUCUAAAACACAAGGAUACCAAUUCAGGGCAAGACCCUGCUCUCAGAAUUUAGAUUGCAGUAGCUGUAGCCUUGUUCUGCCUCUACAUUCAACCGGUGUUGCCACACCUGCGAUAGAAUUGUUUCAUACCCUUCCCAUGCAUGGGAUUGUGCAGAGAUUUCCAUCAUAUGCCUCUUCUCUCUGCCCACUUUGCUGAUUUCUUCAGCCUUCUCCUAGUCUUUCCGUUUUCUAUUUACUUAUAUUAUUACCAUUUAAUGUGCACCUGGUGGUCAUUGCCGAAAUCUCAUUCCAUUUCUGUCACUUGACCUUCCAGAGGUGGUAACUCAACUUUUUCAGGCUUUCACCCCCCACUGUAUUUUCAGUGAAUAUGUAGCUCUAUACCCUCUUGUGAAUCUCCACUAUUGUGGAGUUUGGCCCAGUGCAAAUAGCAAAUAUCUCAGGGCCAUUUCAAUGUGCCUUAUUUGUAUGGAUGAUGUGAAGCUAAUGUUUGUAAUGUGAUUUUAAUUAAGUUAAUGUUUUCUCAACA